AUGGACAACAAGUCGGCCAUCACAGUCGCCGAGGGCAUGGGGUUGAUAGGCAACCUCAAGCACAUGGAGCGGCGACAGGCCUGGCUGCACUACAGGGUGAAGCGCGGGAAGUUCUCGCUGCAGUACAUCCCAACCGCUGAGCAGCCGGCCGACUUCCUGACGAAGGUGCUGCACUAUCCGGCCUUCAACCGGUGCUCCGUCGCAAUCGGCCAGGUGCGCUUGGCCGACGUGGGCGACGGCGACAACGACGUGCAGCACGUGAACGCGGCAGGGGAGUGUCAACGGGAGUUGUGUGUUGGCCCCGACCUCGCUUGGGCGGAGCCGGCAUUGUGGUCGGGUGUGAGGGGAGCAGCCGACCUGCAGCAGUGGGCGAGCUGGUUGACGAGGAGGCAUCUGGGCUACAACCUGCUGUACGGCCGCAUCUCCACCUUCGUCUCCAACAUCACGCCGCUCACCGCCAUUGCCACCCUGUGCGGCCCCUCUUGCCUCCCCCACCUCCACAUGCAACCUCCCUCCCUUCUGUUCCAACAUGCCACACACCCUCCCCUCCCUUCUCUUCUAACGAACCUCAACUUCAACUACUUGUAUGACAGCGUGCCUUCCACGCUGCUCAGCAUGGCGUCCCUCAUAGAAAUGCGUCUGAGUGGCAACUACCUGACGGGCACGCUGCCAGCAGUGCCCACCAAGCUCAAGUACCUGGCGGUCAACCACAACUUCCUGGCGGGCGCCUUCCCCUCGCAGGCCUUCCAGUUCUGUGACAUGCGCAGCAACUGCUUCUCCUCCCCCGGCACCUGCACCAACGCCAAUGGCGUCGCCCAGCGCACCUCCGGCUGUGCCAUCUGUGCCACCAACAACGCCGCCCCGCCGCUGUGCAGUGGCAUUGCGUGUAUUCUGAACGCGUCCGCCCCCCUAGCGGCUGGCACGGUGAACAACCUCACGGCCGUCCUGCAGCCGUUCUACUGCGGGCCUGCCACCAUUGAUGCCACUGCUGUGCGUCUCGCCCCUUUCACCCAACUCUCUCUUCACCACCCUCCCUAUGCCCCGCACCCCUCUCUAACCUCUUCCUUUCUCCUCUUCCCUCUGGGGUGUGUGAGAGCAGCGCAAGCGCUGCUGGUGCUGAGGGCGGCACUGGGAGUGACACAGAGCAACUGGCUGGUGGACUUGCCGUGCGACAUUGCAGACAACCCGGCCAUGCCUAGCAGCUGGGUGGGCGUCGGCUGUGACACCACCGGUCAAGUCGUCUCUCUGUCAGUGCUGCGCCCCUUACAUGGUGUGCCAUGCAUGCAUGCCCAUGUGCAUGGUGUGUUACUAAUGCUUGGGGAGCAUACAGAGGAUGGGGAGUUCAGUUCUCUCAAGACGCUCAACGUCGCCUCCAACUUCCUGGCCGGAACCUUCCCAGCGUCAUCCACGACCAUGUGUGAUGCGCGCAACAUCUGCCUCGUCGACGCCUCCAAGUGUGUCUCCUCGGGCUCCUCCACGCAGCGCGCUUCCACUGCCUGCACAACCUGCGGCCUGGCAGCGUUCGCAGUGCUAUGCGGGGGUGGUGUGUGUGCGGCCAACACAGACUCGGUGCUGCCCUCCAAGACGCCCAACAGCGCCACCGCUGCCGUGCGUCCCUUGCCUCCCCCAUCUGCCUCCUCCCUCUGCCUCCUCUCCGUGUCUCCUCCCUGUUCCUCCUCCCUGUGCCUCCUCCCUAUGCCUCCACUUCCGCUCCAUCCUCUCUCUUGCUGCCCUGCUUACUGUGCGCUCUGCCAACUCCAUGUGAAGCUUCUGACGCCCACUCCCCUUCUCUCCGCCUCUCUUCAUUGCUGCACCCCGCUGCGCACCUUCCCCUUCGCAGUGUCAAUUCUGGCAAACCUCAAGACGACGUUGGGAGUGCUGCACCAGGGCCCGCAAGGCAUCGUGGUGGACCUGUUCCUCAAGCAGCGCCUCAUGCGCGGCAUCAUGCACCCCCACGUCUCCAAGUUCACCGCCCUCACCGCACUCGACCUCUCCAACAACUUCCUCUCAGGUCCUCUGCACCCGUUCGUCUUGCCGCUCACCGGCCUCACUACUCUGGGCUCCAUGUACGUUCCCCCACCACCCGCGCCCCCCGUCUCGCUCUUGCUUCUCCCGGCUUCCACUCCCUCUCCUCCUCUUCUCUCCCCUUCCCCCGCGUCUCUCCCCCUCCCCCUCUUCUCUCCCCUUCCCCCUCUUCUCUCUCCCCUCCCCACUUCUCUCCACCCUCGCAUCUUCUCUCCACCCUCCGCUCUUCUCUCCCCCUUCGCCUCUUCUCUCUCCAACACAAGCCACAGAGUCAUGAGUUUCAACUUCUUCUCGGGCUCGGUACCGGCCGCCGUCACCACCAUCAAGGCCCUCACCUUGCUGAGCUUGGGGUGGAACUACCUGACGGGCACGCUGCCGGUGCUAGGCACGGCUCUCAAGGUCUUGGACACAGAGUACAACUAUCUUACCGGCAUCUUCCCCUCCGCCACCUGGGUGCUCUGCUCUGCUCGCUCCAACUGCUACAAGGACGCGUCAGGCUGCAAGGCCAACAACAACGCGGGCACCGUGCAGCGUGCCUCCUACGCGAUCUGCGGCAGCGCUGACGGCACGGGCGUGCUGUGUGGCAGCACCGUUCCCUGCCAGCCUGAUCCCACCGCUGUGAAGGCAUCCACUGUACUGCCCUCGCCCACCAUGCCUCAGCUUUCUGUCGGCUGCCCACCCGUGCCACCGGUCACUACCGACGCCACUGCAGGUACGAAUCGGACGGCUCCUCGUGCCUGCUUGCACAGUGGUGCUGCCCAAUGCACUGGCAUGGCAGCGCAGUGCACUCUCAUGCCACUCACGUGGCACUCAUGCAUCUCCCUCGCCCACUACAUGGGCUCCGGGAACGGCAUCUCAAUGCUCCCCAUGUGCAUGCUCACGCCCCUCAUCGCUGCCUGCCCAUACGCAUGCACGUGCUUCUCAUCAUCACUACUUCCCAUGUGCAUGCCCACGCCCCUCAUCAAUGUGCUCCCCACGUGCACAACCGCCCCCAUAACCACUGUCGGCACUGAUGAACAUCAAGGCAGCGCGUCAGCACUGAUGAACGUCAAGGCAGCACUGGGCGUGACAUACACCAACUGGGCGCUCUCCUCCACCUGCACGGCCCUCGGCAGCACCGGUGGCAGCGGCUUCAUGGGCGUGCAGUGCAACUCGCUAGGCAGCCCCGUCAAGAUCUCACUCAAGUCGAACCUCCUCAACAAGCGCCUUGAGGAGUUUGCAAGCCUCAUUCCCUCGCUGCCCAACCUCGCAGUGGUGUGA